AGGAGGAGUUUCACAGAGAGUGAGAGAGGCUAUUAGAGAUGGUGAGAAAAAGCAGGAGAGAGAUACAAGCUGUGUGAGGGAGGAAGAUGCUGUUGCCAGGGAACGAGGUUGAGAGAGAAGGAACCAUCUUUUACAGUUUGGGAGAGGAUGAAAAGUCAGUUCAAGAUGGAUCCGAAAUGGACUAAACUGGAGGAAAAUAGGUGAUCCUGCCAACAACCAGCCUGACAGAAUCAAAGGAGAAAGGAAGACACGACUUGCCUCCAUCAGCAGCAUCAGUACGCAACAGGAACUACCCUAAAAACAGGAGCACACCACCUGGAGAGGUAAACAGUGAUGACCCGCCGUCUGCUGAUUUAAGGAAAAGCAGAACUACAUCAUUAUAUAACCGAGCUGAAGCCCGUCCUCCCUGCAGAGGAUGGGUACAGCAGAAGCCACUUUGCGCAUGGACAGCAUGGAGGUCAAGGACGAGUGGCAGGACGAGGACUUCCCCAGGCCACUGCCAGAGGACGGAGUUGGUCUCACUGACAACAGAAGCAAUCCUCCCACCAGCCUGAAUGUCGGGGAGUCCAUGAACCAGAGAAAGCGUCGCACACUGGUCGCCCCCGACAUGAACCUGUCCCUGGAUCAGAGCGAGGGCUCCGUUCUCUCAGACGACUUCCUGGAAACGCCCGACGACCUUGACAUCAACGUCGACGACAUUGAGACUCCAGAUGAGACCGACUCACUGGAGUUCCUGAACAACGGCAACGAGCUGGAGUGGGAAGAUGACACUCCUGUGGCCACAGCCAAACGUCUUCCAGGUGAAGGUGAAGAGGAGAGAGACUCCUCUGGUCGUCUGUGGCGAACGGUGAUAAUCGGCGAUCAGGAGCAACGGAUUGACAUGCAGAUCAUCAGACCUUACCUGCGAGUGGUCACCCAUGGAGGUUAUUAUGGUGAAGGUCUGAACGCCAUCAUUGUGUUUGCAGCCUGCUACCUCCCUGACAGCAGCUGUGAUGAUUACACAUACAUCAUGGAGAAUCUGUUUCUGUAUGUUGUGAGCAGCCUGGAGCUGCUGGUGGCUGAAGAUUAUAUGAUUGUUUACCUGAAUGGAGCAACUCCUCGCAGGAAGAUGCCUGGAAUCAGCUGGCUGAAGAGAUGCUACCAGAUGAUUGACAGAAAACUGAGAAAAAACCUGAAGUGUCUGAUCAUUGCACAUCCAACAUGGUUUAUCAGAACCGUCCUGGCCAUCUCACGACCGUUCAUCAGUGUGAAGUUCCUGGAUAAGAUCCGAUACGUUCACACCCUGGAAGAGCUCAGUCACAUCAUCCCCAUGGAGCAUGUGCAGAUUCCCGACUGUGUGCUGCAGUAUGAUGAAGAGAAGCUAAAAGCACAAAAGUUGAGACAGGAACAUGAGCAGCAGCAGCAGCAGACCAAGUCAGCUCUUCCUGGAGAAAGGCAAAAGUCAAUGCUAGCAUCGGUUAACAGUGACAUCUGACAUUAAGCACAAUGAGUUGAAGAUCUGCUGGGGAAUGGCCAUUCAGUAAACUCAGCAGCUUCUUGCACAGAAUGGACCCGUUAGCUGCAGGACAAUCACUCCUCAGUAUUUCUCUUGUUUCUCACUUAAACCAAUUCAGAACCGGUUAACAACAAGAUGUUACAGAUAAAACCGUUUGCUUUCUGCAUGUGAGAUUGAGUUGUACUAUGACGCAUGGCAACUAUUUUAAAUUAAAAGAAAGCUGUACAGAUUCCUUAAAACAACUCCACUUGCAGAUAAAAUCAAACUGAAACAUUUUGGCAUGGGUUUUUCUUUGGUUUAAUGAAUUUGCUUACUGAAUGAUGUGCAAUGAUUUUCUUCUUCUUUAACAUGUUCUAGAUGUUACUGAUGCAAAAGUAUUGUACAGUCGUCAGGUUUUCCAGCGUUAAAUAUGCAGUCGGCAUGCUUGUUUGUAUCCUUUCCUUCUUUGGUAUUUGUAUUUGUCUUGUUUUUAAAUAAAAAAAAGGCAGUACUUUUUCAAGACUGAAAGACUGAAUUGUUAUAGAUAAAAUUAAAUAUAUUUAAAGAAAGAGAGCCUGAAGAAUUACUUUAACUGUUAUCUAUGAAAAUGUGCCAUUUAAUGUUUCUAAAAAAUAAAACAA